UGCCCACAUCAGUACCAGGCUGCAGCACAGGACCAGCUUGGACCAGAGACCCCCCACAUUUGACACCAUGGAACCUUCAGACUGCAAGGACACCCCAGGAGACAGAACCUUCAUUGAGGAAGCCGCUGAGUACCUGCGACACACAUCGGGCAGGGAAGACCUGAGACUGCUGCUGACCGAGGAUGGAGCCUGGGAGGCCUUUGUGGCGGAGGCUGAAUUGUCCAGAGCUGAUGCAGACACUUUACGUGACGCCCUCCAUGCGCUCACAGCAAACCUGGCCGUGGAAGACCAAGAAAGGCUCCAACAUGACCUGCAGGACACGGAGAGUUUUAUGGAUGCAUUUCCCCAGGUGAAACUGGAGCUGGAGGGACACAUCAGGAAGCUCCGCACCCUGGCAGACAAGGUCGACAAGGUGCACAGGGACUGCACCAUCUCCAAUGUGGUGGCCAGCUCGACCAGCACUGUGUCUGGCAUCCUGACCAUCCUUGGCCUCACUCUGGUACCUGUGACAGCUGGGGUCAGUCUGAUACUCUUGGCGACAGGGAUGGGCCUGGGAGCAGCAGCGGCUGUGACCAGUGUCUCCUCUGGGAUCGUGGACUAUACAAGUAAGUCAUUAGCCAAAACGGAAGCCAGCCACCUGGUGUCAACUGGCAUGGCCAAAGUGAAGAUGGUUGCAGACGCUGUGGUUCAUUCAGGACCCCAGGUCUUUUCCUUAUCUGAGAAUUGCUGCCGAGUCCUACGGUGCAUGGAGCAGAGCAUCAAUGCUAUCAAACUCACCAAAGCCAACCCUGCCUUAGCAGCUAGUGCCAAGCGCCUCUUGGCCAUGGGGAGCACCUCUGCCCAAAGUGGUAAGCACGUGAAGAAAGCCUUUAAAGGCACUGCCCUGGCAAUGAGCAGAAGAGCCCGGAUCAUGGGUAUAGCCACUGCAGGUGUGUCCCUCGUUGGGGAUGUGAUCAGCCUCGUGAAACAGUCCAAGAGUUUGCACAAGGGCAAGAAAGCAAAGUCUGCCGAGGAGUUGAGGCAGCAGGCUCAGGAGCUGGAGGAGAAAUUGGAGGUGCUCAUCCAGAUGUACGACAGUUUGCAGGCAGGCUCAACACGGUAACACGCUUUCUCCCCCAGAGCAGUGCGGAAGAUGGGGAGGUGCUCUGGAUCUAGAGACUGAAGCAUUUUUUGUGAGAGGGAAUCAGACCCAUGAAGUUCAGGACUGAGACAUUUGCCCUUUUCAAAACACUUUGUUGUGGUUUUGUUUAUAUGUAUAGGUGUGUAUCUGAGAAUGUGGGUGUAGGUGCCCUCUGAGACCAGAAGAGGGCAUCAGAUCUCCUGGAGCUGGAGUUACAGGAGGUUGUGAACGGCCUGAUGUAGGUACUGGGAACUGAACUCAUGUCCUCGGCAGGGCAGCCGGUACUCUUAACUGCUUAGCCACGUUUCCAGUCAGAGUUUGGCAUGUUCUCUAGCUGGGACCUGUAAGAUCAGUGAUGGUAGGUAAUGGGUGAAGGGAAAAGAAUGGGAGCCUGAAACGAGGGACCAAAGGGGACUAGAGAGUGUGGAGGGGGGGUGGAGGGGGAGGGAAUGCCAGUUUUGGAGUAAAGAGCUUUGGAGGCUUGAAUAAAGAGAGCUGUGUCAGAGCGAGCAAGGAGAAAGCAGGGAAUCUGACAAACCGGGAGUGGGAGAAAGCCAGAGGAAGAAUUCUGGAUGUGGAAGAGCCACUGUGACGUCCUAGGAUGACCGUGGUGGUGGUGAUGGGUGGGGGUGACGGCAGCGUGGGCACAGCAGUUGUCAAGGGGCCAGGGUGCCUUUGAGGACCAGUGAAAUUCCAUUGACCACCUCUCUA